AUGUCUGUCGUGCCUCUGAUCACAUUCAAGGCGGGGCAGUGCGAAAUCGAUACGGAUAGUGAGCCGCACCAGGUGAAGGCCUUGGCACAGCCGGGCUACAUCUAUCUCUAUGCCGAGGAUGCACUUAUCCAUUUCUGCUGGCGUCCUCGGACCCAGGCGAUCGACGACGAGCCCCCGCUCGACCUAGUCAUGGUCCCCGGCGACGGCCACUUUGUGCCCUACACCAACGCCGACCAGCCGACGUCCAAAACCAACGGCCGCAUCUUUGUGCUCAGGUUCAUCUCGUCAUCCACCAGAUACCUCUUCUGGCUCCAGUCCAAGUCGCAGAGCACCUCGGGCGACGCGGCCUGGUUUAGCCCACGCGACAAGAAGAUCGGGGAUGUCGUCGACCGCCUGCUGCAGGGUGAGGAGGUGGAUGUGACCCGGGAGCUGGCUGCCAUCCGUGGCGGCGACAGUCGACGCGAGGACGACGACGAUGAUACCAUGGAGGACGUCGGUGGCCCGGGCGCGUCCAAUGACCGCCAGCACCAGAGCGCAAGCGGUGGCGCCGGCGCGGACGCCACGGGAGGCGACGUCCGGGAAGAGGGCGAGGAUGCCCGAGAGGGUGGUGCAGAUGGCGCAAGAGCUGCAAGCGGAGACGUCCCCGAUGCAGCCACGGCUGUGCAAAACUUCCUCAAUUCGCUCAAGGGCGGCUCCGGCAUGGGGAAUGUGCAGCAGCAGAGCCAGGGCAAGGUGUACCCGCUGCUGACGGACCUCAUGGAGCCGUCAACGACAAUACCCGUGGUCGACUCCGCUGCCGACCAACACCUAGACAGCCUAUUGGACCUACUACCGCCCACGGUCCUUGUUCUCGCCCUGGACGACCAGUACGAGGGCGAGCCCACGCCGGCCGCCGCCGCGUCAGCCAAGGCGGCCAUGACCCUCGACCAGAAGAGGAAGCUGCUCAAGCAGGUCCUCCGCAGCCCCCAGUUUCACCAGAGCCUCUCGAGCCUCUCGGUCGCGCUGAGGGACGGAGGCCUGCCCAGCAUAGCCGAGGCGCUGGGCAUCCGGGUCGAAAACGGCGGCCUCGUACGCGGCGGUAGUGUUCCUCUGGGCGGGGGCGACGCCAUCGAGGCUUUCGUCGAGGGCGUCAAAAAAACGGUCAAGGAGGAGAGAUAA